GAGUUGCUCGCUUAAUUAAACUUCUUUCGUCAAUGAAUAUUGUUGUGGUCAGCGUCAGGCGAAGGAACGCGUGAAGCAGAGAUAUUCGCAAGUGUCACAGUCACAAGGAAACGAAGAGGAGCGCAAAAAUCGAAAUCCUAGUAGUUGAGAUCAUGGAUAAAGUGGACGCGUAUGUGAAGGUGCGGGAGGGUGCACUUAAGGAGGAAUACUACAAGUAUGUGGACACGCACCCGGAGCUGCAGCAGGUGCUCACAGACUUCCUCACCGCACUCGUCGUACAUGCACCUGAAGACGUCUAUGCUUUCGCAGCACAGUAAUGCAUUCAUAACUGUCGUUGUUGUUUCUUGUUGCUUCUUCAGUGAGAACCUAGAUGAAGUGGUAUUCUCUUACGGAAUAAAUGAGCACAAAAAAAAUAAAUACUCCUGUCAGGUAUUUCGCUCCGUUCAAGGAUCUCGACGAUGAUGAGAGCAAAAAUGGAUAAAACGCCGCUGCACCACCACGCAAAAGAUGAAAGAGCUCCAAUUGAUGAAUGAAGUACGACUGAGACCACGACAUACCGCAACAGCUGCGCACAAGGCCACGACACGCACUAGAUAAGAAAAUGUGAGUGCGCAUGAUACGACACAGCUUCGCUCACACCUUGAGACUGCUUUCCGAAGUUUGAUUCUCAUCAGCGUGUUAGUUACCGUGCC